CUUCAUUUGUUCAUUAGAGUUGAUUUCCUAUUGUUUCUUCUAUAGAUCUUCAUUGCGAUACGAAUCCUAGAUAUUUUAUAGAAUAAUCUUUAUCUUUUAUUAUCUCUUUCAUACUUUUAUAAGGUUUGUAAAUUCCAACGACCUGCGCUCAAACACCAACCUCCUAACCUUUGUUCAACAUUGAGUACUGACUUGUACGUGCUUCUCAGAUAUAGACAGACACAAUGGCACCAGCGGUACAAGAUCCUGAUACUUAUGUGCAGACCGUCCGAGCAUCUCCUCCCCCUGGUUCACCAUACUCCCUUCCAGUACCAGGUAGUGCGCGUGAAGGUCGCAGUGCUGUUUACAGACAUUAUCAGUUCGUAGACAAGCCAUUAUUACAAACAGUCGAUCAAGACUGUUUGACUAGCCAUGAUUUCUUUGAAAAGGCCGCCAAAAAGAGACCAAAUGCGAGAUGUUUGGGUUAUAGACCUUGGGAUCCGGCAACAAAGACUCACGGCAAUUAUGAAUGGAUCUCAUAUGCGGAGACGGCACAGCGCAGAAAGAACUUUGGUGUGGGAUUGGUAGAACUUCAUAAGCGGGCGGGAGUUACAGAUGAAAGGUAUGGUGUGGGACUUUGGUGUCAAAAUCGACCGGAAUGGCAAAUUGUUGGUAAGAAGCCUAGAUUUAUAGCUACGUGCGUUGCAGGGUGGAAAUUGACAUGAGUUAUAGAUUUGGGAGCAAUGUCACAAUCUCUCUUCACGGUCUCUAUUUACGAUACCCUUGGACCGGAUACGACAGAAUAUAUCAUCAAUCAUGCUACGCUUGCUUGUGUUGUUACGAGUUUACCGCACAUUCCAACCCUGUUGAAAUUGGCACCAAGGAUACCUACAUUGAAGCUUAUCAUUUCUGUUGAUCCUUUGGAUGAUGGAGAAAGGCCUGGAAACAGCAAAGGCGCAAUAUUGAAUGCUCUUGCGGCUGAAGCUGGAAUCGCUAUCCAUUAUAUUGGAGAUGUUGAGGCGAUCGGAGCUGCAUCUCCAAAUUCCCCAAUGAACCCACCUCGACCGGAAGACAUUAUCACUAUCAACUAUACCUCUGGAACGACCGGUAACCCUAAGGGUGUGGUCCUUACCCAUUCAAACGCUGUUGCAGCAACUUCCAUCACAAGAAUUGUAUCUGACCCAAAGCCGAACGAUGUUAUUUGUUCAUACCUUCCAUUAGCACAUAUUUACCAACGACUUGCCGAACACGGCUCUCUCGCUGUAGGAUCUGCUAUUGGAUAUUUCCGUGGUGAUAUCAUCGGACUCGUCGACGACCUGAAACUCCUUCGCCCAACAGCCUUUAAUUCCGUUCCCCGACUCUACAAUCGAUUUGGAUCCGCCAUUAGAGCAGCUGCUAUCGAUGCCCCAGGUCUUAAGGGUUCAAUUGGUCGUCACAUUAUCAAUACCAAGCUUGCAUCAAUGAAACUCCCACCUGGACAAGCUACCAACAAACAUGCACUUUAUGAUCGUGUCUGGACUCCUAAAUUAGCCAGCGCUUUCGGUCUUCAGAGAACUCGUGGCAUGGUAAGUGGAAGUGCUCCAAUUGACCCAGGUCUUCAUCAAUUCCUCCGUGCUGCAUUUGGAAACAGGUUCAUUCAGGGUUAUGGCCUUACAGAAACCUAUGCACAUGGUAUCGUUCAAUAUGACGAUGAUUACUCAACCGGUAACUGUGGAGGUGUCAGCGCUUCCAGUAAGUUUUCUCCUUAGCUCCUCCUCAAUCCAGACCCAACUAACCAUUCUUCCUCGUAGUGGAAGUAUGCUUCGAAUCCGUCCCCGACAUGGAGUACCUCGUAACUGACAGCCCCAACCCCCGCGGUGAAAUCCUUAUUCGAGGCACAGCCCGUUUCCGCGAAUACUACCGCAACGAAGAGGAAACCUCCAAAGCCAUUACCGCAGACGGUUGGUUCCACACAGGUGACAUCGGCGAAAUUGACAGCAUGGGCCGUGUAAAGAUCAUUGAUCGUCGCAAGAACGUCCUUAAACUCGCACAAGGCGAAUACAUUUCCCCGGAGCGCAUCGAGAACGUGUACCUAGCCAAUUGUUCACUCUUAUCUCAAGCAUAUGUCCACGGUGACUCUACGCAAGCAUUCCUAGUUGCAAUAUUCGGAGUUGACCCCGUUGCUUUUGCGCCGUGGGUAAGCAAGAUUCUCGGGAGAGAAAUCAAGAGUGAUGAUAUUGAAGGGAUUAAGGAAGCGGGUAAUGACAAGAGGGUUCGAAUGCAACUUGUCAAAGUGUUGGAUGCAGUGGGGAAGAAGAGCAAGUUUAAUAGUUAUGAGAAGGUUAAGAAUGUUCUUGUGGAUGUGGAACCUUUUACGAUUGAAAACGAGCUUUUGACUCCUACGUAAGUUUUUCCGUUUCCUUUCCUUCUUCUUACUACGAAACACUUCAUAUUAAAGAAGCUGGCCUGGUUGCAUAUAACACACAGAGCCUAGUAUAAGUAUAAUAUUACAGUAACUAACGAAACUCACACCCACAGACUCAAACUCAAACGCCCGCAAACGGCAAAGAAAUUCAGAGAACAUAUCGAUCGCAUGUACGAGGAAGCUUUGGCGGAUGAGAAACCCAUGGCGAAACUGUAAGGGAAAGUAUCGAUCGCAUUCUUGUUUACUACCUAGUGAGAGGAAGAGGAGAGGGCAGUGGGGAGCAGAAGCGAGUGAGCGAAUGCUUUUUUUGUAGGGGAGAUAGCGAAGAGGAGAAGAAACAAAAGAAACGAUAGAAAAAAGAAAAGAUGGAGAAAGAUGGGGACAGAGAGAGAGCACACCGGAUACUGGUGCGUUGGUUGUAAAGUGUGGAUUGUAAAGUAAAGUAGAGUAAAUACCUAGGCAGGUAGGGAGGGAGGAAUUGGGAUGGCGAUAGUGUGGGAAUUGAGAGGAGGAAGAUGAAUGUAUUGUGACAGAUGCAUUUUAAUCUACUUUUUUACUUAUAAGAUACAAGUUAUAUGGAGU